UUCUCCCACUUUUACACCAUUCCCCUUCUCCAAUUCUCACAAGCCUAUGAGAUUCAAAACCAUAAAACCCAAAUCAUAAAGAAAAAUAAAGCCUCCCAAAUUAUUUCCUGCCAAAAAUGGUCGCCGGUAAGGUAAGGGUUGCAAUGGGGUUCCAGAAGUCAUCGUCGCCGUCACCGUCGCCCACCAAUCAGACUCCUCCGCCGCAGAAGAAGCAACCUCCUCCUCCUCCCUCGUCCACGACCACCUCCUCCGGCAAAUCCUCCUCCCACAAGUCCUCAUUCUCUCGCUCUUUUGGCGCCUACUUCCCACGCUCCUCCGCACAGGUCCAACCCCGCCCGCCGGAUGUGGCGGAGCUUCUCCGCCUAGUGGAGUCGCUCCGGGAGAGCGAGUCUCGACUGAAGACGGAGCUUCUCGAACACAAGCUCCUGAAGGAGUCCCUUGCCAUUGUCCCGGUUCUCGAGAACGAGCUCGUGGCGAGGGACACCGAGGUUGAACGGAGCAAGAAGAGAGUGCAGGAGCUAGAAGAAGAAAACGAGAAGCUCAAGAGCGAGUUGCGGGAACUGAAGCUAAGAAUGGAAGAAGAAAAGAAGAAGAGCGAUAAGAGAACGAAGGCGCUGGAGGAUGAGAUUGCGGAGCUGAAGAAAACGACGUCGUUUGAUAGUGGUAGCGCUAGCUGCAGUAGCCACAGAGCGACAUUGGAGAGUGACGAACACUCUUCCUCUUCGCAGAGGUUCCUUGAGGUUUCUGUAAGGCCGAACCUCUUGAAGAGCUUGAAGCGAACCACGUCGUCGGAUCAUGGAUUCGGCAUUCAGAAGCAUUUUGACGGUUCAGAUUUGAAAAGAGAAGUAGCAGAAAUUACUGAAAGGCCACCUCACUCGCGUUGUAACUCGGAGGAACUCGCCGAUUCUACUGACUCGGUUCUCGCUACGGCUGUCAGAUCUCGCGAGCCUCGAGUUCCCAAACCGCCGCCCAAACCAUCUUCUUCGUCGCCGGCUUCCCCGUCGGGUUCUUCCCUUGAAGAUAACGGCAAUGGUGAAAUUGAGAAGUCGAUUCCGCAACCACCACCGCCGCCUCCUCCACCACCGCCGCUGAAGAUGGCACCUCCACCACCUCCCCCACCGCCAAAGGUGGCGGCUACAUGCAAGGCUACUGCUCCGCCGCCGCCUCCUCCUCCACCUAAAGUCGGACGUGCAGCCCCGGCGAAGGUGAGGAGAGUGCCGGAGGUGGUGGAGUUCUACCACUCUCUGAUGCGAAGGGACUCGCAAGCACGGCGAGAGCCAAGCUCUGGUGGUGGCGGUGGUUCAGCGGAGGUUCCGGCGACGGCUAAUGCCCGUGACAUGAUUGGAGAGAUCGAGAACCGUUCGACUCAUUUGCUGGCGAUAAAAACAGAUGUAGAAACGCAAGGAGAUUUUAUUAAAUACUUGAUCAAAGAGGUAGAGAGAGCAACAUUCACAAACAUUGAAGACGUGGUACCUUUCGUGAAAUGGCUUGAUGAUGAGCUAUCCUACUUGGUUGAUGAAAGAGCAGUGCUGAAACACUUCGAAUGGCCAGAGCAGAAGGCGGAUGCUCUGAGGGAGGCCGCGUUUGGCUUCUGUGAUCUGAAGAAGCUGGAAUCGGAGGCCUCGUCUUUCCAUGACGAUCCGCGCCAGCCUUGUGCUCCUGCCCUCAAGAAGAUGCAGGCCCUAUUCGAAAAAUUAGAACACGGGGUUUACAACAUCUCAAGAAUGAGAGAGUCCGCAACAAAGAGAUACAAACACUUCCAAAUACCUGUUGAUUGGAUGCUUGAUAGUGGCUAUGCCAGCCAGAUCAAGCUGGCAUCAGUAAAAUUGGCGAUGAAAUACAUGAAGAGAGUCUCUGCUGAGCUAGAGACAGUUGGUGGUGGUCCUGAAGAAGAAGAGCUCAUAGUUCAAGGAGUUAGAUUUGCGUUUCGAGUACAUCAGUUCGCUGGGGGCUUUGAUGUGGAGACAAUGAGGGCAUUUCAGGAAUUGAGGGACAAAGCGAGGUCAUGCCAUGUUCAAUGCCAUAGCCAGCAACAAAAAUUCUAUUGCCGGUCUACAACAUGUUAAAUGUUGGAGCAAACUCAGCUUCAACGGAAAUUUAGUAGCCCCCCCAUCAUGGUAUCUGUAAAGAUAGUGACAGUGUUUUAAUUUGUUUGUGAAUAGUGUAUGGCAAUAGUAUUAGCCAUCCUCAAUGUAGAUCACUUCCGUAAUAAUUCAUCAAUUCAUUGUUUACCAGCAACUUCCAUUACUUUGUUUUCACUGCAUAAUCCUGCAUUAUACACUGUACUCUGUAUAAUCCUGCAUUUUACGUCGAGACUAAUUGAGA